AGCGCUGGUGGUUCGAUUCCUGACCAAACGAUUCAUCUGGGAAUAUGACCCAACUCUUGAGUCCACAUACCGCCAUCAGGCCAACAUUGACGACGAGCCCGUCAGUAUGGAGAUCUUAGACACAGCCGGACAGGAGGAUGUCCUGCAGAGGGAGAGCCACAUGCGCUGGGGCGACGGCUUCAUCCUGGUGUACGACAUCACGGACCGCGGGAGCUUCGAGGACGUGGCUCCGCUGAAGGGGCUGCUGGAGGAUCUGAAGAGGCCCAAACACGUGCCGCUGGUGCUGCUGGGGAAUAAAGCGGAUCUGGAGCACGCGCGGCAGGUGGGCACGGCGGAGGGAGAGAGGCUGGCGGCGGACAUGGCCUGCGCAUUCUACGAGUGUUCUGCGUGUUCAGACGCCGUGGGUUCAGGCGGAGGCGUCGCCGAGGCCUUCUAUGAGCUCUGCAGGGAGAUCCGGCGCCGGAGAGCCGUUCAGGGGAAAACCAGACGCCGCAGCUCCACCACACACGUCAAACAGGCCAUCAACAAGAUGCUGACCAAGAUCAGCAGCUAAAACACACUGGAGCAUCACCGCGGACAAACAGUACUGCAGUGGGGGAGAGAGCUGUACAUGCUGUAGCUUAA